AUAAAGCAGGCAAUGCUAUAACACAAAGAAAUAAAGUAAUUUAUAACUAUAACUGUGCUAAUAUAGUGCUGCUUUUUCCCAUAUGGAGUAAGGACUAAACUGAGCAUGUACAGCAUGAUUUAGGUGAUUCAUAUUAAGAAUGGAGAAAUUGUUUCUACCCCAGGACCAGAGGGCUCUACAAUGAGUGACUUAAACUGCUAAGAAGAUCAUUGGAACCCAUCUCCUUAACAUUAGUGAUAUAUGUGAGGUGAGGUGCCUGGGAUAGCCUAAAGGACAGUACCCACCCCAGCCACAGUCUGUUCACCCUGCUGCUGUCUGGAAAAAGAUACUGAAUCUGCUGUCACACCACCAGACUGCAGAGCAGCUUUCCCCCCAGGCUAAGAGACUUUUAAAUUCAAAUUCAAAUUCAAAUUCAUCCUCAGAGUCAGCACAGCACCAAAACAGUUUUUUUUCCUGUAAGCUGUUUGAUCUUCUUUUUUUUUUUGCACACAUCCUGUGCCUGUAGCAUAAACGGAACUACAAACUGCAUCACAUUUUACACCCCUGUUGCAGGUUGUAUGAUGAAUAAAUUUACCUUGUAGUCUACCCGUGUGGUUUUUGCAUUCUGACAAUACUGUAUGUUUUUCUCUUACGCACUUGUCACUUACAAAAACAUGAUGAUGCUAUGGUGUGAUCCAACAGAAAAGAAAAGGCUGGACGGUACCGAGCACGUGAUCGUCACGUCAUAACCCGUAAUGACGUGUGCGGCGUUAAAUGAAUGAAGCAGGGGGAGCAUCGCACGAGGGUGGGCUCAGAAACAGUGAGGGCGCUGAGAGAGGCACCUUGAUGCUGUGAAAAGGCGUUUUCUUCUGACGCUGAACGUUUUACGAUAUUGAGAGUAAUAUAUAGGCUAUAUAUUUUUAAUUAGGCUACUUCAUCGUCUUGAAAGCACAAUGGCACGAGGAGAAGGCGCCGAGCAGUACGCGGCGAGUUUGUUAUCAGCCAAAGCUAUUAAUACAGAGAUCAAGACAGCAAAGCCGAAGCACCUGAGUAUUCGUCUGUCUGUAUGGAGCAAACUGUGUUAUGCCAUCGGUGGGGCUCCAUACCAGAUCACAGGCAGUGCUCUGGCAUUCUUCCUCCAGAUCUACCUGCUGGAUGUGGCUCAGCUGGACCCCUCCCAUGCCUCUAUCAUCCUGUUUGUGGGCCGGGCCUGGGACGCAGUCACAGACCCGAUAGUGGGUUUCCUAGUGAGCCGGAGUAGAUGGACCAGCAUUGGCCGCAUGAUGCCCUGGAUAAUUUUCUCUACUCCGUUUGCGGUGCUGACUUACUUCCUGAUCUGGUACGUGCCUCCUUUUGAGCAGGGGAAGGUCUUCUGGUACCUGAUCUUUUACUGCCUCUUCCAGUCAAUGCAGACGUGCUUCCAUGUACCAUAUUCAGCCUUCACCAUGUUCAUCAGCAAUGACCAGAAAGAGAGGGACUCUGCCACUGCUUAUCGUAUGAUGGUGGAGGUGCUGGGCACAGUUCUGGGCACCGCAAUCCAGGGACAGAUAGUUGGUGGCACCACAAAUUGUCCCGCAGAGCCUGAUAGCAAUAACUCAACCACAGUCAACAUGUCCAGUGUUGCACUGGAUGAGACGAAACAAGCGUACUUGGUUGCUUCCGGGGUCAUCUGCAUCAUCUAUGUCCUCUGUGCCGCAAUCUUGUUUUUUGGUGUGAAGGAGCAAAAAGAGAGCGGGCGAAGAAAAUCCCAGGUCCUCACCUUCCGUCAGGGCCUAUGGCUGGUGAUGAGCCACGGACCGUACAUCAAACUGGUCAUCGGCUUCCUCUUCACCUCUCUGGCCUUCAUGCUACUGGAGGGAAACUUUGCUCUUUUCAUCACCUACGCUCUUGGCCAUAGGAAAGACUUCCAGAACAUUCUCUUGGUCAUCAUGCUAUCUGGGACUCUAAGCAUCCCGUGUUGGCAAUGGUUUCUAACCCGGUUUGGAAAGAAGACGGCAGUUUACUUCGGCAUCUCGUGGGCAGUACCCUUCAUGAUCCUAAUCGUUUCUAUCAAGAGCAACCUGAUCAUUUCUUACCUGGUCUCAGUGGCAGCUGGUGUGAGCGUGGCGGCAGCUUUCCUCCUGCCUUGGUCAAUGCUUCCUGACGUAGUGGAUGACUUCAAGGUUAACAAUCCAGACGUCCACGGCCACGAGGCCCUUUUCUACUCCUUCUAUGUGUUCUUCGUCAAGUUUGCCUCUGGCAUAUCGCUGGGUGUCUCUACACUCAGUUUGAAAUUUGCCGGCUAUGUGACCGGGAGCUGCUCACAACCCGAGACGGUCAGUUCAACCCUGAAGGUGCUGGUCUCCCCUGUGCCUGUGGUUCUUAUUGGUGUGGGGCUGUUGAUAUUGAAGACCUACCCUAUUGAUGAGGAAAGGAGGCAGGGCAACCAAAAACUACUGCAGGAAAUGCUGGACUCCGAAGCAGAUUCUGAGUCUGAAACUACAGCGCUUGGGAGCAACGUGUAGUGGCAGAGGGCGAGCCAGCCACCACAGCUGCUCUUCGUGUUUGCACAGGCCAUCAAGGGACGAGACCACAGACCACCUCUGCUGCCUUCACACCAUGAGCAUUAACCAGCUCCCUCCAGUGUAUCACACAGGUUUACAUCGCCCUCUAGUGACUGUGUGUGUGUGUGUGUGUGUGUGUGUGUGUGUGUGUCCGUCCUUUACCUGCAGCUGUGUCCCAAUUACACUGCAUCUCCUGAAACUAAAAAAAACAUGCACAAUUUAUUAAACUGCAGUGUAUCAUUUUGUCAGGUAGCUGAAACGCAGAACUGGGAUCUGUCCAUAUCUUAACCUAAAUGGGAAUCCACUACUUACUUGGACAGUGAAAUCUGAUCACCUCAUCAUUUAAACAGAGAGAAACAUGUUUUUCUCUAACUACAAGUGUGUCGCUAAGACUCAUGGGCGCUGUAGUCCUUUAAUCUUGGUGAAGUCAAAGAGAAUGUCAAAUCAAAUGUUUUCCAAAGAUGUUAUACUUUUUUGUUUGAGAUGUUACUGUAGCUUUCAACAAUGUUAUUUACCUUCAAUCGUUGUUAGAAGCUUCUGUUUCUUUUAAGCAUAGCAUUGUUGGAAAGUGGUAUUCAUCAACUCUGCUUGGAAUUGGGAUGCAGCUUGUGAUGUUGCGGCAUUGUUUUUAUGAAGUAUUUGCAGGUUUGGACUGGACUGUGAUGUUACUUUUUGAUGUUUACCAUGUCUUAGGUCAGGCAUGUUUGACUUUCCAUUCAGUGCUCUGAAGGAAAUAAAUAGUAUCAGCCCUUAUUUUUAAAGGGCAUACCAGCACUAUUCCACUAAUUGGAGUUGUAUGAAGCUGUGCUACAAUUUCUACUUUUCAUUAGGUGUUGUGUGCUAUAGAUCACUUCUUAAAAGUGGCACCUUGUGGUGAAUUGUGGUCGAUGUACUGGAUGAAGGCUGACUCACUGCCUAACACACACAUCUUGUAUGAUUAGUUGCGAUGAGAUUAUGUUUAGUUUCCUUUUUGCAACAGAGAAAGGUUUCCCAUCACACCUUUUUGUGCUUUAACAUUUCAGCCAAGCUCUGAGACUUUCUGAAUGUGCUUUCAUAGCAAAGUCAACUCCAGUAUGAAGUAAUUUCAUCUAGCAUGUUCUUUCUUCCCAAGGAAAGAUAAAAUGCUUUAUUUAACUAUUUAUUUAAACCUUCUAAGGGAUUAUGUCUCAUGAAAGCACGUGUAAUAAUUUAAGUAAACAUUUAUUGAUGGAUAUGUGACAGAUGACUGUGAUUUUGAAGUAAAUGUUUGAAAACAUCAAUGGUUGAGGUUUUUUCUUUUUCUAGAAAAAGAAAAUGUCAAAAGCUGCUGUAACGAGUUGCAUACUAUAUAAUAUUGUGACUCUCAAACUGAAGGUCUGCAGGAGACAUCUGUCCUUACUUUAGAUGUCUUGAUUUAACACAUGAUUUUAUAUACUUAUUGGUGAUUAAAUGUCAAUCGGUAAAACUUAAAAUAUUCCUGCAUAUUUUUUAUUUUUAGCAUUUUGAAAUUGCACAGAAUGAACCUAGUGAAGCACAUCGUAACUCUCCAUGGUCUCCUUGGUGUUCAUAUGCUUCUGUGUGUAUAAUAUGUAAAUACUUUUUUUUUUGACCUUGAUGAGCAAUAUGUAAAUCAGUGAAGAGACAAUUGAUAUGCUGUAAAUCUGCCAUUUUAAGUUUGAAUAAAGUUUGCUGAAACAGAGAAACCUG